AGUUCAAUAUCCCUUUUCUUCAAGCAAACAACUACCUCGUUCCAUCUGUCACAAACGCGAGUGCUCGCGUCACUCUCUACUGGUGGCCAAAUUCGCGCGUGAUGCUAUCAGUCAUCAACGUGGGAAAACAGCUAGACAAGCUCGUUUGGAAACGACGGCCUCUGACAGACCACGGUAACAAGGUCUACAGUGUUACAGCCAAGAAUCGUCUACAACUCCAGCUAUGGUUGAAUGACACCGUUUCAACGAGCAACGAAUUUUGGUAUCGAUAUGGUAGACGACCAAAGAGCCAACUGGUUAGAAUUCAACCUGGAGGUAAGACCAGAGUAUAGACAGCUGGUUGCUCGACACCACAAUCAAUCUGGUUGAUGCUUAGCGCCUCCGAGAAUUGGUUAUUGGUCGACAGAAUGCAGCAACAACAGGAAUACAAACGUUCGAAAAAUAUGUUUCAAUGUAACAGGUAGUCCAACCCCAUCCUUCACUGCAAUCGAUGAGGAGAAGAUAGUCUGGAUGGCAGCAUCGAAUGGCAACAUUUGCUUGCCCAUCAAUUGCUGUCACACUGUGACAGCGACGUCGUCUAAUUGCUUUGGCACGGACGAGAUUUCCAUUACAGGUAAAGACCACGGUAAAUGUAUUCGAACACACGCUGUCAGAUCUUUCUCUACAGCUGAGAGGCGAGGUGAAAAUUGUUCGUUGCUGCCUACCGUGAUCUCUGCCACACUUGGCAAUGACAUCACCAAUAGUACAAGGAGAGAGACGACGACAGAGUACGUAAAAUUUUUCUCGACCGUCAAAAGAGAUUCGAAUCUGCCAACAACUAUGGCUCAAACGUUUCCAAUUGCAACAAGCCCAAACAAAGACACUGAUUUCAUGUUAUGGAUUGUUUUGGCCUCAGCUAUGGUUUCAUUGCUUGCGCUAGUGACUGUGGUAAUGGUGAUAGUUACAGCUAAAAAGAAGAUAAAAGCUUUAAGAAAUUCGAGAAGACCACCACAUAUCUAUGACGAAAUCCAUACCCAUGAAGUAAACAGGAAUAGAGAAGAGCCUGCCAAGAAUGCCUAUCAAGUAAAUCCUUACAUGACAACACCAGGACAUGUCAUAAUGGAUCGCCUCAAUAAUGAAGAGAAUCCCUAUUUGCAUCCACUACAGUCAACAAGAGAAGAUGACAAUAACAGAGAAGAAAAUAAUACAGCAAACGGCAAAACACAUAAGGUGGUGGCUAUUGAUCCUGAAAGAAGCCAGUCUCCAGAGUCAAAUAGGUUGUCAACUUAUGUCUAAUGAACUGAAACUCUGGUGUAAAUUGAGUAAAUAGAUUGGUCAGUGCUUGAACUGAUAAAGUAAGAUGUUUGUCAAUACUAACGUAAAGUUUGUUGGCAUCAUCUUCUAAAUGCUUAUUGAAUAAAACCUGCCUAA